AUGCAGCUUUUAAUACAAGCUAGCCCGUUGAUAGAUAAGUUAAAAUAUUGGCAUCGAGCUAUGUCUUUUAGUGAAGUUCAAUUAACAACAUCACAAAAGGUUGUACUUUGGAGUCUUGGAGUAGUGGGUACAAGUGCUGUUGUAGUUGGUGUGUUAUCAAGGUACUUGGCAAGACGGCGAGCCAAACCUAUAAUAAAUCCUCGAAUACAAAGAGCUAUUAAUAAGAGAAUAUCUCGAAUGAGGAGUCCGAAUGGAGGGAUGGGGUCAGUAGCAAGCAGUGGUGGUCGCAGCAGUCCACUCGGCUUCAGUGAGCGGUUAUCGCUGGCAUCGGGUUCUAUUGGUUCAGGAGCUGGAGAUGCUGCACCUUUGUCACCACAACAACUUGGUGUUAUGGGUGAGUAUUAA